ACCUUUUCUCCAACAAGCACCUGUGAACCACCUUCGCCUCCUAUGCCUGGCCGAACUCACCCUAUGAUUACCCGAUCUCAAAACAACAUUUUUAAACCAAAAACUCUUACACCAAGCUGUCACCACCCCUAGUGAACCAACGUGUGUUACUUAAGCUCUUAAAAAUCCCAAUUGGCGGCAGGCCAUGUUUGAUGAGUUCAGUGCUUUUGUUUGCCAAGGUACGUGGGAUCUUGUUCCUCCUAAUUUUAAGCAACAUUUGAUUGGUUGUAAAUGGGAUUUCAGGCUUAAGCACUGGCCUAUUCGCCAACUUGAUGUCUCCAAUGCCUUUUUACAUGGGCGCCUUGAGGAGGAAUUAUUUAUGCAACAGCCUGUUAUGGGUAAUCGAUUUGCUUUAAAGGAUUUGGGAUCCAUCAGUUUCUUUUUGGGUAUAGAGGCUAUCCAGACUACUGCUGAUGCUAAGCUAGUCUCCACUCCUUUUGCUCCUAAGUCGGAUCUUCAUCUUGCUUUCGGGAAUUCCCUUUUCGAUGGCUCUACCUACCAGCAGCUCAUUGGGUCUCUUCAAUACCUCUCCCUUACCUGCCCGAAUCUUUCCUUUGCAGUUAGUAGUUUGGCUCAGUUAUGCACCAUCCUACAGACUUGCAUUGGUAGGCAGCCAAGCACUUGCUUCGAUAUCUCCACGGCACUCUUCAUCAUGGUCUCCUGCUUCACUCACAGUGCUCUUUCUCUCUUCAUGCCUAUUCUGAUGCAAAUUGGGUUGGUGAUCGAGGCACGAUGGUUAGGACAACUGGGUAUCUUGUUUUUCUUAGCCAAAAUCCCAUCUCCUGGUGAGCAGCCAAGCAAAAGUCUUAAUCCUGUUCUCCACUCUCGCAUGAAACAUAUUGCUAUCGUUCUCCACUUCGUUUGGGAUUUAGUUGACAAAAGGAUUCUUCAUGUCUCCGACAUUUCCUCGCAUGAUCAACUUGCUGAUUGGCUCACUAAGCCCCUAUCUUCAUCUCGUUUCUUUCUUAUUCGGUCCAAGAUCGGUGUUGCUAGUGGCGCCAUCGUCUUGCAGAGGCGUGUUAAGGAAAGUAAAUUUGCUGGUAUCUCACAUGAAUCUGCAAAAUCUGUUGAGACAUAACUUCAAUUUAUUGUAUAUAUUUUUUUCUUAUUUUGCUAGGAUAUCUUCUGUGUGUAUAUACAAUGUACUAUUAUGAGUUAGAGUCAAUCAAUGAGAAAUUCUUUU